CAUAUCCGUUAUGGGCCCGAUUUCGCAGCUCACCAAUUGAUUGAGUCACAUUAUGAUCUUGGAGAGCUAUCUACUCCGUAUUGUAUAUAAUUUCAAAUCUAUUUCUAUUGCUUCCUACCUCUCGACGGUUGAGCCUUUGUUCAUGUGUUGACUCUUCAAAACAAUUGAGUCAUAUCAACAUUAUAUCCAAGCAAAUUCGACAUCUCAACUACUCCACUUUUGAUCCUACACAAUGGGAGCAGACGUAGCAUCCAAGAUGACAGAAAUCUCUCUUGAUAAGUCUCCUGGCUAUGAGCCUACACCAUUUGGCAAAGAAAUGCUCAAGCAUUUCAUGUUUGCUCCAGACUACAAGAAUCUCAAUCAUGGCUCGUUCGGGACUUUUCCCCGAGUUGUCAAGGAGAAGCAGCGAGAAUACCAAGAUCUUUGUGAAUCAGCUCCGGAUGAAUUUAUUCGCAGAACAUACCCUAGACUCCUCGACGAGAAUAGAGAGGCUGUUGCAAAGCUCAUGAAUUGUCCUCCUUCGACAGUUGUUUUUGUACCGAACGCAACAACUGGAGUCAAUACUGUACUCCGAAACAUCGUGUGGAAUUAUCAUGGGAAAGAUGAGAUCAUUUACUUCAGACAUAUAUAUGGCGCUUGCCUGAAAACUGUGGAAUACGUUUGUGAUGCAAACCACUAUAUCGUCAACCCAAGAGAGCUUGUAAUUCAAUAUCCCAUGGAAGAUGCAGAGCUCCUCUCUUUGUUCCGAGAGACUAUCAAGGCUUCUAGAUCCGAAGGCAAGAAUCCUCGUCUUGCAAUCUUCGACACUGUCUCUUCACUACCAGGACUCCGAAUGCCAUUCGAAAAACUUACUAAAAUCUGCAAAGAAGAAGGGGUUAUAUCUCUGAUCGAUGGAGCACACGGCGUCGGACAAAUUCCCCUCGACAUGUCUGAGUCGGACCCUGACUACUUCGUGUCGAACCUGCAUAAAUGGCUCCUCGUGCCUCGCGGAUGUGCCGUCUUCUAUGUUCCAGAAAGGAACCAACAUCUGAUGCGAUCUACACUUCCAACAUCUCAUGGUUUCGUGCCCAGAGGCGCAGGCUUAGAUGCUCGGAACCCAAUAGCAUCCAACGCCGCCACGCCCUUCUUGGCAAGCUUCGAGUUUGUUGGAACCAUUGAUAAUACCAACUAUUGUGUCGUUCAAGACUCAAUCAAAUGGAGACAACUAGUGUGUGGUGGAGAAAAGGCCAUCAUGGACUACUGUAUCAAUCUGAACAAAGAAGGUGGCAAAGCAGUAGCCAAAAUCUUGGACACGAAAGUCUUGGAUAACAGCACAGGGACUUUGACAGACUGUAGUCUUAUGAACGUUCUUCUUCCUCUGAAGAUCAGCGAUACGAAGAUCGAGGGCGUGAAUACUAUCAAGCCUGGAGACGGCAUGCUUGCCACACAGUGGAUGCAACAUACGCUGAUGGAUGAAUUCAAAACAUUCAUCGCCAUCUAUUUCUUUCAAGGAGAGUGGUAUGCGAGAUUAAGUGCACAGAUCUACUUGGAUCUUUCAGACUUUGAAUGGGCAGGAAAUGCACUGAAGCAGGUUUGUGAGAGAGCAGGGAAAGUUGAUUACCUCAUCUCUACUGGUGCGCCAGCGCUUUCGCAUAGCACAACUGAAAGUUUUGCUCAGAAGAAAUAGAGAUUCCUUGGUUCCUCUUGGACGGGAGAGAGAAGGUAAGGUGCAGGCUCAGUCGCGGAUGACAUGUGAAAUAUGGUUGAAAAGCAAGGAUUAUACAGGAACCCUUCGUUAUCAAGUUUCUUGGUCCUAUUUAUGAACUCAUGCCUUAUUCCAUGCAUGUGCCCAUGCAUGGAAAGGGGGAAGCGAUCAUUCACUCCCGCAUAAUC